GGGGGAGCGGAGAAAGGCUCCCGGUCUGUUUGAGCUUCCUCUUUUGCUCUCUUCUUCCGUCUGAGGUCCGCCCCGUCUGGCUGUCUGCCUCCUGCCCUCCCGGCAGCCGCCCUGUGCUCUGGUGUCGGUUGUUCGGUGCGGGUCUGUCCCUCCGGGGCUGGCCCCGCGGGGGGCGGUUGGCCCUGCUCUGCAGGACGGCCUGUCGCACUGGCUCUCCUCUGCCCUGCGGGCCGCACAGCUGAGUCAAGGAUGGAAAAAGCAACCCCGGCCCUUGCUGCUUGAAGCGUUUCAUCCUGUGGAUGUGUCUUUGCAUCCCUGAACGCUUGUUUUGAUGUGUUACAACAUAUAAACAGGCAUGAUUGGGUGUUACAAAGUGGAUAGGCACUGGAUGACCAGAGCUAAACAAUGUCUGUACCACGUGGAGCUGUCCAUGCAAAAUGGAUAGUGGGGAAAGUCAUAGGAACCAAGAUGCAGAAAACUGCCAAAGUGAGAGUGACAAGGCUGGUGCUGGAUCCUUACUUGCUGAAGUUCUUCAACAAGCGGAAAACCUACUUUGCCCACGACCCCCUGCAGCAGUGUGUGGUUGGGGACAUCGUGCUGCUGAAGGCCUUGCCUGAGAGGAGGAGCAAACAUGUCAAACACGAACUGGCUGAAAUUGUUUUCAAGGUUGGAAAUGUCAUAGAUCCAAUAACAGGGAAGCCCUGUGCAGGAACCAGGUUCCUUGAAAAUCUGUCUGACUCAGAAAACCUGACAGAGGCAGAUACCACCUAUCUAAGUGAAAAACUUCAGGAACUUAAAGUUUGUUCAACAGACAAAUAGUGGGGAAAAUAUUUAAGCAGAGGGCUCUUCAGCUUGUCUCUGUGGGGGAUGUUUGGGGCCCUGUUGUAUGUUAAAUGUUUCAGUGAAAUCUCUAGUCAAAUGAAAUAGUAAACACAGUUGCUUACCAGAGCAGAUGUUACAGAUUGAUGGGCACCUCAAAUCUUCAAAUUAAAAUACAGAGAAAAAUGUGAGUUUAGUGUUAACACUUGAUUUUGUCCAUGUAGUUUUGCCCUGAGCCCUGACAGCUUCAAAAGCCUACUGCUCACCUGGAAUGACCCUUCUGCAUUGAGAAAGGCAGGAAUAUAACUGUAUAAUGUUAAAGUUUGGUGGGAGGAUUAUUGUGUUAUUUGGUUGUUCUGUAUUUCAGUCUUUUGUGGCUUGUAGGGUUACUUAAGAUAAUGCUAUUAAACCUUUUGGGAGGAAGUGCAGAAUUUUAAAACCA